UUUGACAAAUUGCUGCUCAUUAUUAAUGCUUACUCUCCCUGUAUUGUAAGAUAUAAAGAGAAAAAUCAGUAGCAUAUUUAUGAUCUGAAAUCAGAUGUGAAGAUAGUCAUGUGAACGAGUAUAUAGGGAGGGGACAAUAAGAAUAAGAAAAUGGAUAGCAAGACAUAUAACCAUAAUGAACAGAAUGGGAAUGGGAGCUUUGGAGCAGAAGCAAAGUACCCUAUUUCAUGGCACCCAGAGUCAUGCCAUCAUCAUCUUCAGGAAUAAAAAUUCUUUGCAUGGAUUCAUUUCUGGGUCAAGCAGAUGUCUCUAUGAACAUGAACAGAGAGAAAAAUUAUCUCAUGGAUGUUGCAAAUCAGCCUAGUUAUACUUUAUUCUUCCAUCAGCUGCCACAACAGCCUGAGUCACCACCUUUGAGAGAGGCUCUGCCAUUGCUUUCUAGUGUAAGCUCUGCAAAAGAAGAAGCAAAAGAAGAGCUAGUAAGGGAAGAUCCAGAGGAAUUGAAACAGAAUGUGACUGUGGCUCUGCAUAUAGGGCCUCCUAACAGUUCAUUCUCUGAGAAUCCUAAACUUAAGAGUGCCCAUGAAUUACAGGAAGAGUGUAGAUCCAGAUCACCAUUGGCAGAAGGUGGCGGCCAGGAAUACUGGAUACCUACAGAAACAGAGAUUCUAAUCGGACCCACACAGUUCGUUUGUCCAGUCUGUGCCAAGAGCUUCAAUCGCCAUAACAACAUGCAGAUGCAUAUGUGGGGACAUGGAUCACAGUACAGGAAAGGGCCAGAAUCACUUAGGGGCACACAGCCUGCUGCAAUGCUGAGACUUCCAUGCUACUGCUGUGCAGAGGGAUGCAGGAACAACAUUCACCAUCCCCGUGCAAAACCAUUGAAGGACUUCCGCACAUUGCAGACACACUACAAGAGGAAGCAUGGCGCCAAACGUUAUAUGUGUAUCAAAUGCAGCAAAUCAUUUGCUGUGAGAGGGGACUGGAGAACCCAUGAGAAGAACUGUGGCAAGCUUUGGUAUUGCAGCUGUGGAUCAGAUUUCAAGCACAAGCGCUCUCUCAAAGAUCAUUGCAGGGCCUUUGGCCAUUCCCAUGUUCCUUAGCCACUUAAUUCAUUUGCAGGACUGUGACGAGAGUCUUUUAUACUGCAGGAGAAGACUGUAAGAGUUCAACGGGCUGUCUGAAAAACUGAUUCUCCAGUUAAAAGCAAUCGACUCCAAUAUUCUCUUCUAAGACAAGAGUUGAUCGCAGUGAAAGGUCUGUAAAAUAUUUUCAAUCUUGAUAGAACUGCUAACUAAUGAUAAUUCCAGAGACUUCCAGAAAGUGAAGCACGUUUGUUUGUCGCUACCUGUCUUACAAUUGCUCUGCUUGUCCUUUUACGUUCUGAAUGUCUCGCACGUGUAAUGCCUCCACUCGAUCGACAGGAUGUUACCAUCAUUUUAUUUGUUUUUAACUUAAACUCAAUAAUACCUUUUGUUUUUGU